GAUUAGAAACCCUGCUUACUAACUCAACUGUCACUUAAUUUUGACUGGUAGUGGUGUGUCCAAAUAAAUGCCUCAAGGAAAUCAGAGUUAACCCUGAACUACAAGUGUAACCUAUAUUUUCGGUGAUGUUGUCCUUUAACUUUUAAACACUUGUUUUGCCAACUAAUGUUAUGUUUUCGGGACGAUUUACUCAGAGCCCAAUAAUCCUUAGUAUUAUCAGGCGAGCUAAAUCAAGUGAGCAUACAUGUUCUAGGUGUAUUGUUUUUCCAAAACAGUCAAUUUCAGACUGUUUACUAGCUUCUCAACAGCUAUGUAAUGUAAGGUCGUAUACCACUCACGACAGAGAUUUUGGCACCAAGAUGGCCGCCAGCGUAGACCCUGAUAUAAAACCGAAGCAUACAAACAGACUGAAAGACUCCAAGUCUCCUUAUUUACUUCAACAUGCACACAACCCUGUAGACUGGUAUCCAUGGGGAGAAGAAGCCUUCGAGAAGGCAAGGAAGGAAGACAAGCUAAUCUUUCUUUCUGUCGGCUACUCUACCUGUCACUGGUGCCAUGUGAUGGAACGAGAAUCGUUUGAGAACGAAGAUAUCGCCAGAGUCAUGAAUGAACAUUUUGUCAACAUCAAGGUUGACAGAGAAGAACGACCUGAUGUGGAUAAGGUUUACAUGACGUUUGUUCAGGCCUGUUCUGGUAGUGGAGGGUGGCCAAUGAGUGUGUUUCUCAAGCCAGACCUGAAACCAGUGUCAGGCGGGACGUAUUAUCCCCCGGAAGAUCGAUAUGGUCGACGAGGGUUCAAGAGUGAACUGCUAAAAUGGGCCAAAGAGUGGAAGGAGAACAGAGCUCAGUGGGCCAGAGUGAGUGACAGUGUUACUGAGGUCAUCCGCAACGCUACAGUCUUCGAGGUGCCCAUGUCUGAAAACCUUAUAUCAGGUAAUGUGCCGGGUGCGGAGUGCUGGGAGUUAUGUACAGAGCAGCUGGCUGAACAUUAUGAGCCGGCCUACGGAGGGUUCAGCCUCGCCCCAAAGUUCCCACAGCCAAGCAACUUGUUCUUCUCGUUCCACGUUUUCGCUCGUAAGCCAUCAGAGAAAAACAAGAAGCUGCGAGACAUGGUGCUGCACACGCUAAAAAUGAUGGCGAGAGGAGGCAUACACGAUCAUGUGGGAAAGGGGUUCGCUCGGUACAGUACAGACAUGAAGUGGCACGUGCCGCACUUUGAGAAGAUGCUGUACGACCAAGCGCAACUAGCAGUAGUGUACUCCCAGGCCUACCUGGCUACCAAGGACCCCUUGUACGAGGCUACAGUGAGGGACAUCCUGGCCUAUGUGGCUAGGGACCUGAGUCACAAGGAUGGGGGAUUCUACAGCGCUGAAGACGCAGAUUCUUUUCCCUCGAAUGACAGCAAGGAAAAGAAAGAAGGAGCUUUCUGUGUAUGGACUCAUGAAGAAGUAACGAAACUACUUGGUCGGGCAGUGGAAGGCAAGCCAGAUGUUAAGCUGGCUGAGGUGUUCUGCCAUCAUUACAAUGUUCGGCCGGGUGGCAAUGUUGAUCCAAGUCAGGACCCUCACAAUGAGUUGACCAAUCAGAACGUACUGAUGGUGGUCAGCACUGAGCAGCAGACGGCAGCCAAGUUCGGUCUAGAAGUGACCACAGUGCAGACAGAGCUAUCACUUGCCAGGGAGAUUCUGUACAAGGAGCGGCUUCUGCGGCCAAAACCUCACCUGGACAACAAAAUAUUGACUAGUUGGAACGGUCUCAUGGUGUCUGGGUUUGCCAAAGCUGCUGAGGCUCUACAAGAUGAGAGUCUUACAAAGAGGGCUAUCUUAGCAGCUGAAUUUUUACAAAACCAUCUCUAUGACAAAGCCAACAAUAUUCUAUUGAGGAGUUGCUAUACAGAUGAGUAUGGAAAUGCUACUCAAAUUUUGCCACCAAUCAGAGGGUUUUUAGAUGACUACGCAUUUCUCAUCCAAGGACUAUUGGACUUGUAUGAGGCCAGCCUAGAGUCUAGAUGGCUGGAAUGGGCGGAGCAGCUUCAGAACAAACAAGACGAGUUGUUCUGGGACGUAGCGACAGCUGGAUACUUCUCUACACCACACAACUCUGACCUGAUACUGCGCCUCAAAGAAGACCAAGAUGGUGCAGAGCCGAGUGGCAACAGUGUGUCUUGUCACAAUCUGCUAAGGUUGGCAGCUCUGCUGGACAGACCCAAGUACAAAAACAAGGCUGCCAAGCUACUUGCGUCCUUCACCUCAAGACUGACCAGUCUGCCUCUGGCUUUGCCUCUGUUGACAUCGGCUCUGAUGUUAUAUCACGACAGCCCUACACAGAUCAUCAUCACAGGCAAGAUGUCUGACCCCAACACAGCAUCACUGGUGAAUGUGGUCCGCUCUAGGCUCGUAUCAGGCAGAGUGUUGAUAUUAGCUGACGGAGACACUACCAGUAUCUUGUACCGCAACAGCGAAUCUAUGAGGAGGUUGAAAACUCCCUCCAACAACCAACAGAGUGCGUAUGUAUGUCGCAACCACACAUGUGCGUUGCCUGUGCAAACAGCCCACGACCUUGCGUCACUGCUAGACUCAGCCAGUCAUUAGAUGACACUGUGUAGAGGCAAAUUGAAAAUAUCUUGUAACAACUAAUUGUAUAGUGAUGAUUUAAGGUAAACGCACCAGUAGCUGACAGUAUAAGAAACUAUACGCACUUAAUAAUCCGUGGUUUUGAAUAAAAAGGAACUAAAGAGAUAUUACGGAUUUUAUGUGAUUCUAAAUUUAGUGUAGUUUUCAAAUUUGUCAUACAAAAAGGGGUUUUUAAAUAUAUUUUAUAACAUUUUUAAACUUAAUUCAACCUUUGUACGUGUUCCAGUGGCUGACAGUGAAAAAAGUGCUUGUGCCAGUAGCUGACUGUCAGUUGUCCCAGUAGCUGACACUGGAACUAUAAAUGUACUAUAUAGGGCCUACUAUAUAGCUGCUAAACCUAAGGGUUUUAUAAUUUAUAAGACGAAUAAAAUCUAACUUAAUAAUUAAAUUAUAAAAUUAUGUAAAACGUUAUGAAGAAAAUUUAUUUGAUAUAUUUUAAAAUAAAAAAUAUUUACAUUAAAAAAUAUAUAUAUUUAACAAAAAAUAUUUUUUUAAAGAUAAUUUGGCUUAUUAAUUAAAAAAUUUAAAUCAUUUUAUAAAAAUAUGAGAUCGCAUAAAUUAUAAAUAGCAUGCAAAUUUCGAUGGGUAAAACCAAUUUAAUAUUGUGCAAGCAGAAAAUAUCCCCCUGUCAGCUAGUGGAACUUGUAUGGCUUUUGUGUACCAAAGCCUGACAUUGAUAUAAUUUUAAAUCCAAAACCCCUAACACCCCAAUUUUAUCAUGAAAUUGUCAACAAAGGUAUAAUUGAUAAAAAUAAUGAGCCUAAUCAUUAGUACUAUUUAAGAAAUUUUGCAAAAUGACAAAAACCAAACUUACUUUCUUAACAAUUUCAUUAAGGGAAUCGCCUUAAUGUGAUAUGUACAGACAGGGUCGCUUUCAAACCACCACCAUUCAGCGAGUAUGGGCUAAAUUUCACUGAAUUUUUUGUGAACAAAUCAAGAAUAAACAUAUGUUCUUCUAACAAUGCAAUCAUGUGUAAAUAUUUUUAAGAGACCACAUUAUAAUGUUAAGAAACUCAAACUGUCAGCUUCUGGAGCACUGUCAGCUACUGGUGUAUUUACCUUAAUUUGACUUUUUCUUUUUACACUUAGUUUCUGCAUAAGUUUGACUUCAAGUUUGGUGAAAUAGAUUAAGCCAAUAUUAUUAAAUAAGAACUGAAUCGAAUGAGCCACUGAGUGUGCUAAAGUCCAAGCAUUUGUUUCUCACAUUUUUUUUCUAUACCGUGUUAGUUUAUGCAAUAUAAAAGAUCCUUUAUAGUUUACAAGAAGUUUUUCUUUCUGUUUUAAUUUGUCAAGAGUUGAUGUGUUCGACAGCACACUCUGCCUGUGGCUACAUUCAUUUACAUUUUAAAAACUCGUUACAACUAUAACACAACAAUGAAUUAUCUAGUGCUAUCAGUUAAAGGUUUGUUUAUACCUACGGCCGUUUUUUUAACUAGCCGUUUCAGUUCAGUCCUUAGAAUUGAAAAGAUACACUUAACAGCAUUGUUUACUUACUUAACAGCAUUAUUUGUUUACUUAACAACACUGGUAACGGACCAAUGAGUUUCAAGGAUUAAGAGAAAAACAGUAACAUUUUAAUGCUUCGUACUUCAACUAAUCAGCUGUUCAGGCCAAUUUAAUUGUUAUUGAGUGGUGCAAUUAGUUUUUGGCACAAUGCAUCACUCUUAGUGGCAAUGAAAGAUUAUAAACGAAAAUGUAACCUCUCGUAGUAGUUAUGAGUAGUGAUUGUUAGUAAUUAAAAAACUGUCUUAGGUAAAGUAGUGUACACAACUCGCGUAAAUAGCCUUAACGACACUCGUAAAGGGUUUUAAGGCACUCAUUAAGGCUUGUAAAUUUCUACUCGUGUCGUUAACACUAUCUUUACUUGAUCGUUGAGUUUUUGUGUAAACUACUAUUACUAUUAAUUUACCAGUACCUUAACUAUCAGCUUUGAAAUGUGCAUACCAAUCGAAAAUAGGCUAAAUUAUUUUUAACUUAAAUUUUUAAAGUAAAUGCUGUUACUUGUUAUUUUGUAAGGCGAAAGACACAUUUGUGUAUGAUUUGCAAGUCUUUUGUUUCAGGCCAUACUAGGAUAUUGAAAAUAAUCUAUAACAAACAGAUUUUUAUCUUUUAGCUGUUAUUAACAUACUACCGGUACAUUUAGUUUAGACUAAGUUUAUAUUGUAUUAUUGUAUUAUAUGUAAAAAUUUUAUUUUGAAAUUGUAACUUUUAUCAUUAUUGUAAAAGAUUGAGUGAAAAAUCAUAAUACUCCAGGAAUUGUUAUUGAUCUUGUAGCCCCCACAAGUUUUAGCUUCAGUUUAUUUCUAUAUUGCAAUUAUUUUGUUUGACUAAUAUUGCAAUCCUUUAAGUUGAAAGGAAGAUAACUCAAACUAAAUAAAAAUGCUGUCUUUGUUUCUCAAGACUAAUUAUAUUUAUAACAAAUAUUUUAAUGCAAGACACUCUUUUAAUGUGUGUGUAUGAUAAGUUUUACAAGUUUUAACAUUUAAAUAUUAUGUACAAAAUUUAAAAAUCCUACCAACUAGGAAAUAUCUGUUGAGUAUACGUUACAGGUCUCCUAUCAUUCAUCCAUUUAAUUAGAUUAAGUUUGCUCUCUUUGUUUAUUUUAAUCACUUUGUAUACGUUAUUGUUUCAUACGAAAAGUGUGUAAAACUUAUAUGCUUAUUUAUUUUUACAAUAUUAUUCAAAGCUAUUUAUUUCCUGUAUUAUGUAAAUAAUAUUUAUGGUGAGUUAGUAUUUCCUUGUAAAAAUUUUAGAUAAGCAUUAUUUUAUCAGGGUAACUUAACAAUGUGAUAGCAGAAAAUGUGUGUGCGGUUUUGAUUGUUUUAAACUUGUUUUUUAGAUUUGUGUGAAACUUGAGGGUUGUGCUACGAAAUGUGAUGAAAUGAUUACCAUGUUGUUGUUGUUGUUGUUAUUGUUGUUGUUUUUUCUUUGUAUAAGAUAGACAAUACUGUAAUGACAUGUCUGUAUGGAUUUCAGUAAAUGCAAAACUACAUAGUAAUAAAUUGUUAUAUUUUUUCUCUUAUUAAUUUUAAAUUGUGAAAAUAUGAAUGUUUAAGUACAAUGCAAUACUCUUUAAAAACUUUGGUUACUUACACAGAUAAAACAGAAAAAUAAAAACACUAAAACUAUUUCAACAUGGUUAAAAUUUGUAGAAUCACAUUGCUAGAUUUUACUCAGCAGUAAGAUUAAAAGAAUGUGCUGAAUAUAAUUUAUAGCAAAACAAUAUAAAUACAAGACUUAAAAUUUAGUCAUGACCCCAUGUGCAUUUUUUACUACACUGAAUUAUUGAUGUUAGGCAAAGAAUAACUAAAACAAAAAAAAUCUAUGAAUCUCAAUUGUUUUUACAAUUUUUUUUGCACAUCAAGAUUAAUUUACCCCAUUUAGAAAAUGCUCACUUGGCAAAGUAUACAUCACAAAAUAUCAAAUUUAUUUCUCAUUAUAUCCACAGCAAAAUAAAAUUAUUACUGAAAUUUUAUUUUUUUACAUUAUGCAACCAUGGGAUUCUGUGAUACUCUUUGUUAUUUUUUGUGUUGUUUUUCUGGUAAACAAAACUGGUAAGGAUCUGAAUGUUGAAAAAGAAAGAUGAAGAAUGUUGUCAUUAGUUUCAUAGCAAUAAAUGUUUGAAAUGAUUGGUU